AUGCUGCGUUUAUUAUUAAAAUCAAGAACUGCAUAUACUAUAUCAGUUGUUCGAGGCGUUACAGUCACUUAUACAAAUACACGUACUUAUCAAACACGUAUUCAAAAAUUACAUCACGAUGGAAUCGAUUUGAAACAACAAUCAGUUGAAAUAAAUCCCGUUGAACAUAUUCGUCGAUGUACAUUCCUCAAAGAUCUGGACAUUUGGACAUUAUACAAGACAAUUUGUCCAAAUGUACGAACACUCGGUGAUGUCUUAUAUGAAGGUCGCAUUGCUUCAAAUAAUGGUCCAUGUGUGGGCAUUGUGCAAUUAUCGAAUCGUACAGAACCAAUACAAUGGCUAUCUUAUUCGAUGGUAAUUGAACGAAGUCAGAUCAUUGGUUCAUAUUUAUGGACAUUGGCCAAACUAACACCAAUGCAGUCAAAAGUGACCAUUAUUUCAUCGAAUCGACCUGAAUAUUUAGUCGUUGAGCAAGCCUGUUACAUGUAUGGAUUUAUUCUUGUAAAUCUCUAUACUAGUUAUGAUUCUAUUACUAUUAUGAGUCUACUGCAUCGAACUAAAGCCGAAGUACUUGUGGUGGAUAGCAUUGAACGCAUUCAAUCAAUUCAAAAUGACUUAUUGAAAAAUGAUCAAAUCAAAGAAAUUAUUGUCAUGGAUGAUAUAAUCUGCGAUAAGCAGAGUAAAAUAUGCAGUAUCUCAUCAAUCUUUAAAAGGAUAAAAACAAAUGAUAUACGUGAACGACCGAUCAUCGAUCCAGAAACUAUUGCAACAUUCAUUAUGACAAGUGGAACAACAGGUAAGAUAAAACAAGAAACAUGA